ACAGACCCAUAUAUGUAAAUUGGUUUGUGUUCAUUUGGUCCAAGAUUAUAUGGCGAAUCGAUUUGGAAAUAGCUCACACUAAUUGUUUGUGUCAAAUGAUUGUUUGUUGUAAUGAAAUACAGGAAAUGGAAUUCCGAAAUUAUUGCGCGAAAAUCAACGACAUGACAGCACGAGUCAGAAUGGCUGAGAAUGGUGCACAGUUGGUUAGCAGACUUGAAGGGCGACAGUCAUUGAGGGACAUUGAACCCAGUAUCUUUCCUGUCGACGGUGGUCCAGGUCAAGGUGACGUCGUGGAGUUUCAUGGCUCGGAGGGCACAGGAAAGACCGAAACCUUGUACCACCUCAUCACCCGCUGCAUCAUGCCAGUCCAGAGUAGAGGUCUGGAGGUGGCGGUGGUCUUCGUUGACACGGACUACCACUUUGACAUGCUGCGCUUAGUGAGCGUUCUGGAGGGGCGUUUGGCUGAAGACUGUAAGGGGGGUGAUGGCUCUGAAAAUGAACCUGAGGAGAGGGUGCGUUCAUGUCUGGGCAGGCUGUCUGUAGUGCACUGCAACAGCUCAGUACAGCUCCUCCUAACCCUUCACUACCUCGAAAACACCUUUUCCAGCCAGCCCUCCCUCGGCCUUCUGAUCAUCGACAGCAUUUCUUCCUUCUACUGGGUGGACCGAUUCAGUGGCGGCGAGAGCACUGUUUGUCAGGAGGCUAACCUGAGGAAGUGUGCCGAGCUGCUGGACAGACUCCGCAGAAACUAUGGCAUUGUGAUUUUUGCAACCACUCACGCCAUAAUGAGGAACUAUGGAUCUGAUCCAGGGGUGUCAGAAGUGCCUGGCUCAUCAUCAUCUCGCAGGUGGAGAUCAGCUGAUAGUGUUACAGACUUUGACAAGCCAUACCUGUGUAAAGCAUGGCAGAGAAUAGUAACUCACAGAAUGCUGUUCACUAAAAGUCAUGUGUCGAAGGACAACAAGCAGGUUUUCUCCACAGCAUGUACCAGCAUAAUGACCAAAGGUGUCAAAAGAUGCUCGUUUCAUGUCAUGGAGGACGGUAUUAAAUUUGUAUGUGACAAGUGAA